GUUAUAUUAUUUAAUAAUUUAAAACAUAGUCAAUUUUAACGCGAAUUUCGAAGUCAUAAUUAAAAACUUUCUAUAAAAAUAUAUUUGUUGGGGUUUCCCACGUCAAUAAAAUGGGAAGCGAACUAUUUUCAUUAUGUUGGAACAAUUUUCACACAAAUUUAAGUACGGGCUUUCAUUCAUUAUUUCAAGGAGAACAUCUUGUCGAUGUUACAUUAGCUGCUGAAGGAAGAAUUUUAAAAGCUCAUAAAAUGGUGUUAUCAGUGUGUAGUCCAUAUUUCAACGAAUUAUUUAGAGAAAAUCCUUGUAAACAUCCAAUUGUAUUUCUAAAAGAUGUUAGUGCCUCAGCGUUAGAUCAACUGUUAACAUUUAUGUAUCGUGGUGAAGUUAGUGUACGACAAGACGAAUUGAAUUCAUUUAUUAAAACUGGUGAAGCGUUACAAAUUAAAGGAUUAACAGGGCAUAAUACUACAAAUAAUCACUCUACAACAAAUAUAGUGUCACCGAAAGAAUCUCCAUUAAAUGGCGUGUCACAUUUAUACAACAAUAACAUGGAUACUGUACAAAAUUUAAGUAGAGAUAAUCAAUAUAAUACACCAAAGAAAAGACAACGAUCACAAUUAUUACCAACAGCCUCAACAACAAAUCCACUAACGAAUUUAAAUAAAUUAAAACAUAUAGCACCUGUAGAUACUGUACCUUCAUUGUUACAACCAGCUGUCUUUACAUUGAACAACAAUCCAAGCACUAGUCGAUUAAUACAAACGAGCAUUGUUAGCAAUAUUCAUGUUAAUAAUGAUGAGAGUCCUAUUGAAAUGCCUGCCAAACGUAGUUGUUCUUCAAGUCUUACGUCCUCCGAUAAAGAAGAUCACCCUAGUUUACCAACUGAAUCACCAUUUAUACAAUCGAUUAAACCAAAACAAGAACCAUUAGAUGAAAUGGAUGAAUAUAAUAAUGAAACAUCACAAUUUAGUGAUGGUACCAUGAUGGAUGAUAGUAUGGAUGCUACAGCAUUACUAGAAACAAAAGUUAGUAUUGGUGCAGGUGAUUUACAUAUAGAACAAAGUAGCAGUUCAUCGUCAGCGAAUACUGGCUGGGCGCCUAUUAAAUUAAAACAGUUGCAUAUGGGUGAAAUGCCUGCACCAGGUAUCUCAGGGACGCAACCAUUACGUUUUAUGACAAGUGGCCGAGGAUUACCUGUUUUAGUGUAUGCUGGACAUAUGUACACAUUAGAUGAACGAAAAAAUAACAAAGCAAUAUGGGUAUGUGUCAAACGAAGAAAAUUAAAUUGUCAAGGAUGCGUAACAACUACAUCACCUCCACCAUCAACUACAACAUUACCUGGUGCAUUGAGUAUGGAAGCAACAUCACCUGGUAGCGGAGCAUCAUCUACAGCAAGCACAAGUUCCGGUAAAGGUAAAGGCAAAAAAGAUUCAGAUGGUAAAGAUAGUCUAGGUGGUUUUGAUGGUGUGGCUGCGCCCAAAAUAAUAUCAUAUUGUGGACACAAUCAUUCACAUUUAAAUGAUAUUAUUGAACGAAUACAACCGAAAGAUUGUAUUAGUGUUACACCAAAAACGUAAUAAUUUUUAUUUUUUGUUUUUAAUUUUUGUCCGGUAAUUGGAUAGGUGCACGUUGAAAAAAUUCAAGUAAACGGUUUCUCUAUGGUUCUUUAUUUUUUUUUUUGGGUGUUCAAUUAGAAUUUGAAAACUAUUUGACUUUGCAAAAAUAUGACCUUUGUUAACUUUGUAUACAAUGGUCUUUGGUCAAAAACUGAAAAAAGGGCUAGAAUUAUGGUUUUUUUGCAAACUUCAAAUCCGGAAUCAGCACCCCCAAAAGCAAAAUUUCGCACAGAUAAAUUGAUUAUUUGGAUUUUUUCAAUGUAAGAAGCUUUGAUUGUGUUAUCGAUUUGCUGGAUAAUUUUAAUUGUGAAAUGUAUACGUUUAUUUAUUAAUGUCACUAAAAAUGUUUAAAAAAAAAACAGACUACCAAAG